GAGUUUGAAUAGAUACCAACUAUGCAAGGCUUCUUAAGGUUGACUAUUAAGAAUUGUUCAAGCUACAGGACUCGUUUGCCAACAUCACACCACUAAGCCACACAUGAAUUUGCUGCAAAAAUGGCGACCUGGAGCGAUCUGUCACAUCACAGCUGGCGUUGUCAGCAUCUCCACCAUGGUGCACAGGGUAGCAGUGAUUGGCGCCGGCCCGUCGGGUCUGAGCUGCGUCAAGACGUGUUUGGACGACGGCUUGAUGCCCACCUGCUUCGAGAGCAGUGACGACCUCGGCGGACUUUGGAAGUUCAAAGAAGUAUCAGAGCCCAACCGUGCCAGCAUCUACCGCUCCCUGACCAUCAACACCUCCAAGGAGAUGAUCUGCUUCAGUGACUUCCCCACUCCAGCCGCCUACCCAAACUACAUGCACCACUCCAAAAUACUCAAUUACUUGCGUAUGUACGCCGAGCACUUCAAGCUGCUGCCUCACAUACACUUCCAGACCUCGGUGAAGAGCGUCAGACAGAAGGCCGAUUAUUCCCGCACGGGUCAAUGGGAAGUGUUGACGGAGAGAAAGGACGGGAAGGAGGAGACGCACGUCUUUGAUGCUGUUAUCUGCUGCUCAGGACAUUACACUUACCCCAACCUGCCCCUACAGGACUUCCCAGGGAUCGAGAGCUUCCCAGGACGAUACCUGCACAGCUGGGACUACAAGGGUCCUGAGGACAUGCACGGCAAGCGAGUGGUGGUGGUCGGCAUCGGGAACUCAGGCAGCGACAUCGCGGUGGAGAGCAGCAAGUUUGCAGAGCAAGUGUACAUGAGCACACGCCGUGGCGCAUGGGUCAUGAGGCAGGUGUCGGACGACGGCAUGCCAGUGGACAUGAAGAACAAGACUCGCUUUUCCCACAUUUUGUUCCAGCUCUUCCCCAAAAACUUCUUCAACUGGUUGGGCGAGAAGAAACUCAACGCCAUGUAUGACCACACCAUGUACGCCCUCAAGCCCAGCCACAGGCUCUACAGUCAAGUCCCAGUGAUCAACUACGAACUGCCUUUUAAGAUUCUGUCCGGCUCCGUCAUCAUCAAGUCCAACGUCAAGGAGAUCCGUGGCUCCUCUGUGCUCUUUGAGGACGGUAGCGUUGUAGAGAAGGUGGACACCAUCGUGUUCGCCACAGGGUAUAAUUACGGCUUCCCGUACUUGCCCAGCGGCGCUCUGUACAAGUCGGGGCACCGCGUCGGUCUCUACAAGCACGUAUUUCCACCCAACCUGGAGCACCCCACCCUGGCCGUGGUGGGUUUUAUCCACGCCCUCGGAGCCUUCAUGCCACAGGCUGAACUACAGGGCCGUUGGGUCUCGCAGGUCUUCAAAGGACACCUGAAAUUACCUUCAAACCAGGCCAUGGUCAAAGCUGUAGAGCAGGACACCAAGGACAUGAACAAAAGUUACAUCGUGUCCAAGCUGACGCCGCUCCAGGUAGACUUUGUGUCCUACAUGGACGACCUGGCUGGAACGAUCGGAGCCCGACCCAGCCUGAUGUGGCUCCUCUUCACCGACUACCCGCUCUUCAAAAAGGUCCUGUGGGGGCCCCUCACCGCCUAUCAAUACCGCCUGACUGGGCCCGGCAAGUGGGAGGGCGCCCGGCAGGCCAUCUUCACACAGUUUGACCGCAUGUUCGAGCCCCUGAAGACCAGGAAGGUGAAGGAACAGGAACACAACGUCUCCAGUCGCUUGUUCAAGCUGAGCCUGGCCCUAUUGACCGGAGGAGCCGUAGUCGUCUACGUUCAAGUCCGAGACCCAUCUGUCUUUCCCAACUUGAUGGCCAAACUGAGUCUCCAAAAAGUCUGAAUGAACUUCAGACAUCCUGACUUUUAAAGCCACAGACAGUUUUAUAUCUACGACUUUACUUGCUCUACAUGCUGUCAAUCAUUUCAACAGGUCAAAGUUAACCAUAAUCAUUUAUGGACUUCAGCAGCAGAAACCACAGGUGCUAACCCAUAUUCAGUACUGUACUCUUGGACAUAGAAACCUUAGACUUGUUUGGAGAAUCUGUUUUGAAACAGCAGUGGGUAAUAAAUGAUAACAUAACUAUACUCGCAAGCUUGUUAGCUCAAAAUUAGGGUUAUGACCAAAAUGAUAACUAGUAUUGCUUUUAUCAAUAUUGAAUUCACGCUUAUUCAUUAUGUUCGGUAAAAUAUAGCGUUCCAUUCUUGCGUGGUGAGACCCUGGAGAUGGGGGAGGGUAUGUACGUGACGUCAUCAUCUAAUUCAGUAGUCCCCAAACUAUGCCAGCAUCCCCAGUUCUGCCCGCAGAACGUCCCGAGAAAAAAAAAAAAAAAAAGAUUUCCAGCCGCUCAAGCAAAUUAUAUUGUUGAUAGAUAUAUAUAUAUACAUAUAUAUAUGAAGACAUGCACCUGGGGAUAGGUUGAUUGGCAACACUUAAUUGGCCUAGUGUGUGAAUGUGAGUGUGUAUGUUGGCCCUGCGAUGAGGUGGCGACAGGGUGUACCUCGCUUUCCGCCCGAGUGCAGCUGAAUUAUUCAUAUACACACACGUGUAUGUGUGUGUAUAUAUAUAUAUAUAUAUAUAUAUAUAUAUAUAUAUAUAUAUAUAUAUAUAUAUAUAUAUAUAUAUAUAUAUAUA